GCGGAAGUCAGAAAGUGAAGAUGCACCAGCAAGAUGCCGAAGAAUCUUAACUUGUGGGGGAAGUACCUGCGGCUGGUGGGCCGCGGUGCCCGCCGAGGUUUCAAGAAGUGGCAAGUCAUUCCUCCGAUCCCUGUGAAGGCGUACGGCAGGGAACCGUCAGCCGCGUCACAGACCGGGUUGUACCAUGACGAAGAUUUCAACUACCACACGAAGAGAACUUUCUCAAUGCGACGUACAAGACGAAAAAUCAAGCCAAACGUAUUCCGCCGGACGUUCACCUCUAGUUUGUUAAACGUGACUAUUCCCAAUGUUCGCGUUACGACCUCCGCGCUGCACGCGAUGGACGACAUGGGUGGGUUCGACGCCUACAUCCUGAGGACUCCGCCGCAAGAGCUGCGCUCACAUAUGGGCGAACGAAUGAGGCAGGUAAUGUACUACUACCAGGAUCAGCCCGCUAUUCGUGAUUGGGGGCUUCCGUGGAAAGUGUUUCUGAAGGUGGCUUCUCGCCGGGAUCCAUUCUACGCGUGCUACAGGCACAACCUGAGAAAGCAGCAGUAUGAGGCAGACCUCCGGAGCCGCGUUCGGAGCUUUUCUCCUUACUACCUGCCCUCUGGGCAUCAACCGCAUGCUGAGCGACAGGUGUUCCACGAAGGUGCGGGAGAGAGUCCGCCGCUAAAUCUUUGGUGGCGGGAAAACAGAGAAUUAGAAGAAGCAUUUCGACGAAGACUGGGUGAAGCAAAGUGCUUUGAACGAGCUUUUGCAGACUCCAGUGAACCCUUGGGCUAUACGAAAGGCCGAUGCCGCGGAGGUGGUGGCAAAAGCGGUCGGUCGGUACGGCGGAGAAGCAAAACACACAAGUACCGGGAAAACCGUGCCUUUUAAUGUUGCCAGGGGAAUCCCUUUUGUGCGACAUUUCUCAGUGUACGAAAAAUUCGUCGACGGAGGAAAACGUCUAUGAUUAAGACGACACCUGGUGCCAUCUUGAUGCGUGUGGGCGAACUUUUGGUUCCAACAGUCAACCGAAAGUACAAGAGAAGUGUCAUCUUAAUAUAUUACCCGUAUUUGAGACUUCUCCAUUUGAAGCUUCUGCAGCAACGGACGCGAACAUGAGGAACAUUGCGUUUUUGCUUUUGUUUGCUUCGGUAAAUUUUUCGAGUGUGGUGUAUAGUGCUGUCGAAGUCGAGCAUCAGUGGUUCUUAUCUGGUCACACAGGAGGCAGGGUCAUAGUUUUCAACCGAUUUCUGUUGCGAGUGGUGCGGCAUUCGUCACCAUCGCUCUUUAUGCGUGAGAACAGCUAAUUUCGAAACAACUCUUUAC